AUGCUUCCUAAAGACACAUCAGGGAGCUUUCAAGGAAGACUAGACAAACAUAUUAAUGAGGAGGAUAGGUGGGGCCCGUCGCUGAGAUUCACUUUGUCUCUCCACAUUGAAUGGGUCACUCAGCCCAUCAGUGGCGGUCAGCCUCCCCCACUCUAUGGUGCCAUGGUGCCACGGUGCCCAGCCCUCACCAGGGGCAUUCACUGUGCCUGCUCACUGAAAGGAUCACCAGCCCUUCACUGGCACUCACUGCUACCUCCACAUAAUGGUUCUCAACGUCCCCCUCUCCCCCACAUCAGCGGCGCCCACCACCACCGACCCUCAGCGACUUUGGCCCACCAGCUCCACACCCGCCACCCGCCGCACCCUGCACUGUGCUGGUGCCGCCAAGCCCACCACUGCCGCCCACUACUGUUAACACUGAAGGAAUUCACAAAGAGAGACCGUGACAGACACAGCGUGCCGGGGGCGGGCCACAACCACUCUUCAGCCACUCUCCAGCCACUCUCCAGCCACUCUUCAGCCACUCUCCAGCCACUCUUCAGCCAUCUUCAGCCACUCUCCAGCCACUCUCCAGCCACUCUUCAGCCAAUCUUCGGUCACUCUACAGCCACUCUCCAGCCACUCUUCAGCCACUCUUCAGCCACUCUCCAGCCACUCUUCGGCCACUCUUCAGCCGCUCUCCAGCCACUCGUCAGCAACUCUCCAGCCACUCUUCAGCCACUCUCCAGCCACUCUCCAGCCACUCUUCAGCCACUCUCCAGCGACUCUUCAGCCAAUCUUCGGCCACUCUUCAGCCACUCUCCAGCCACCUUCAUCCACUCUCCAGCCAUUCUUCAGCCAUUCUCCAGCCACUCUCCAGCCACUCUCCAGCCACUCUCCAGUCACUCUUCAGCCACUCUCCAGGCACUCUCCAGCCACUCUUCGGCCAAUCUUCGGCCACUCUCCAGCCACUCUCAGCCACUCUCCAGCCACUCUCUAACCACUCUCCAGCCACUCUCUAACCACUCUCCAGCCACUCUCCAGCCACUCUCCAGCCACUCUCCAUCCACACUCCGACCACACUUCAACCACUCUCCAAGACGAAAGUUCUACCACAUUCUAAACCCAUUCUUGUUCACCUCCAUAAUACAGAAGUUUACCCGUGUUCUCUCCUCACCCACCACACCGGCGGCCUCUGGAAAGCGUGUCAUUUGA